AUGCCUAAAAGAAAAAGGUGUACAAAUUUGAGGAGCAUUAUUGCUUCACCGUUUUCUCCUUGUAAAAAUCAAGUGUUCUUGAGUUUUAGGGGCAAAGACACUCGCAAGAAUUUUACUGAUCACCUCUAUGCAGCCCUGGUUCAAGCAGGGAUUCACACAUUUAGAGACGAUGAUGCAAUUCGGAGAGGAGAAAAUAUAGAUUUGGAGAUUGAAAAAGCAAUACAAGAAUCGAAACUAUCGAUAAUUGUUUUCUCAAAAGACUAUGCUUCAUCAAGGUGGUGCCUCGAUGAACUUGUAAUGAUCAUGGAACGUAGAAGGACUGCUGGAUGCAUAGUUUUGCCGGUGUUCUAUGAUGUGGAUCCUUCCCAAGUCGGAGAGCAAACAGGGAGCUUUGCUAAAGCAUUUGUGGAACAUGAAAAGCACUUCAAGGAUCAGAUGAAGCGGGUGAAUGGAUGGAGGAUUGCUUUGAAGGGAGUUGCAGAUUUAGCAGGAAUGAUUUUAGGAGAUGGGUAUGAGGCACAGUUUGUCCAAUCUAUUGUUGAGAAUGUCUCAAAGAAACUGCAUCCAUUGAUAUUUCACGUCCCCCUUCAUUUCAUUGGAAGAGAUUCUCUGAUAAACUGUCUCAACUCAUGGUUGCAAGAUGAGUCUCAUGGCGCUGCCAUUGCUAUAGUAUGUGGAAUUGGUGGAGUUGAUGGUUGCUCAAAUCUUGAUGGCCUGAAUAUGGAGUUAGAGCAGCUUCAGCAAAGAUGGUUGCUUCAAAGUGAUGGAGUUGCUGCAAAUACAUCAAACAUUGCAGCUAUGGCGUUGAAGUUAUUCUUUGGCUCUUGGUUUUCAACAAGGAAAAAAUCGAGAUUUACCACUUUUCCAUUGCCAUGUUCCUUGGUGGAGCUGAAUUUAGAUGGAACUCCAAUUCGUUCUCUACCAGAAAGCAUUAAGGGCCUCAGUACACUCAAUUACCUUAAUUUAAGAAAAUGCCAAAUGCUUGAGACACUCCCGGAGCUUCCAUCUAAUUUGCUAUUUGUAGAUGUGUCCAGUUGCUAUUCACUACAAAGAGUUACAAAUCUAAUCGAUAUCAUCAUUCAAGAGGAUUGUGAUCAAUUAGUUCAAGUCCAAGAUUUGAUUAAGCUAGAAUUGAUCCAAAAGUUUGACUUGCACAUGUUGAGAAUAGUGGAGACAGUCUGUCUUCAGAUAAAGCCUUCGUCAUUUCAGAUAACACUGAAGGACGACAUAUUCAUUGUUUUACUUCAAGGAUAUGAAUUUUUAUGUUUUUACGAGGAAGAAGAUGAGUGGCUACUUCAGAGUGAGUUUCAAGAGUUAUCAUUCAAAAUAUCCUCACCUUCUGAGCACCAGAUAUGUGGUUUUAACUUCUUCAUUAGUUGUUUUGCUCUAUCAGAAUUCAGUUCCAUACCUACUAUUGAUGUAGAUAUAAAAAACAAUACCAAGGGAAAAAGCAUGGUUUUUAGCCCCAACCAUGUUCUAAGAACAUCUGGCGUAUAUGGUAAAUUCUUAAUAUUAAGCCAUUGGAAAUGUGGGGGUGAGUUUGAUAAUGGUGAUGAAGUGAGUGUUUCAGUGCAUACCUACGAGCCAAGCAUUCAAAUAGACAUGUUUGGAGUACGAAUAAUGUAUGAAGAGGAAGGAAACAAUCAUAAUAUCCAAUCAAACAACGAAUUGGUCACAGCCUACAGCAGCUCAGCAAACAAUGAAGUCGUCAUAGCCCACAACGGCAGCUCCUCUUGGGACAACCAAGGUUUUGGUGCUGGAGAUGUAGCAAAAGCAAGUACUAGCAAACUGGUAGAGCUUGAGGUUAGAGCUUCUGAUACAAUGCAAGAAGACACAUCAGUUGAGCCUGUUGAGUAA